UGUCGAGACGGUGGUGAGAGGCAGGGAGAAGGAAAGAAGCCUCUCAAACUAGAGCUGUAAACGGCAGAUUUUAUCACUAAAUGUCAUUAUUUUGUAUCUGAAGGGACGAAAACUUAGCACAAUGUCGAAGAAUACAGUGUCUAAUCGAUUCAGGACAGUAGACGUUGACGAAUACGACGAGAACAAAUUUGUUGACGAGGAGGAUGGGGGUGAAAAUCAGCUGGGUCCUGACGAGGCAGAAGUGGACUCGCUAAUCAGACAAGGGAACCUGAUGGAGGCCUUGCAGGCAGUCCUGAAGAACCCACCAAUCAACACCAAGAACCAGAACGUCAAGGACUGUGCCGAGGGCCUUGUGUUGAAGGUGCUGAGUGCCUUUAAGAGCAGUGACGUAGACAAAGGAGUCCAGUCUCUGGAUAAGAACGGAGUGGACCUGCUCAUGAAGUACAUCUACAAAGGGUUUGAGACACCAUCGGAUCACAGCAGUGCCGUCCUGCUGCAGUGGCAUGAAAAGGCUCUAUCUGCAGGUGGCCUGGGAUGCAUCGUUAGAGUACUAACAGCCAGGAACACUGUCUAACAGAGGAGCCAUGUUCUUCACAGCGACCAUCUGGUGCACAUUACAACACAAGGAUGAUAUCCAGUAGAUCACAGCGUGUCACAGAGAAGAGCCCUCCUAUCUGUCUCUGCAUGUUUUCAGGUCUCACUUCCCUAGGUCUCCCUACACACACACACACACACACACACACACACACUGAUACAGCUGUUUCACACAUUCACCCAAACACAUAACACAUGCCAAAUUGGCAUCGUUUUUGGUAUUUUUACUCCAUUCCUUUCCUUCCCUAGACCCUCAAACACACACCAGCACAAUGCUACAGAACUCUUCUUAGGUAUGGCUUUGUUUUUCUCAGGAAAAAUCUAUUUUAUAACAGUUAUUUGUCUACCCUGCUACUCUUUUUUUAUUAAAGCUCUGAUAAGCUGG